AAUUUAAAAUUUUUUUUUUUUAUAUAAUUUAAUUUAAAUAAAUAAAAAAAAGAUAAAAGGGUUCAAAAUUAAUGACAUGAAAUCAUUAAAAGAUCAACCAAGUAAUACAAGUACAACCACUAGAAGUAAUAGUAUUAGUAAUAAUUCUGUAACAGGAAAUAAUUUAUAUAACAACAGUAAUAAUAAUAAUAAUAUCAUUGGUAAUAAUACAACCACCACUACAACUACUACAACCACAACAGCAAAUAAUACAAAAUCAAUUUCUCCUCCAACUUCACCUAAAUCCCAAUCUAAAAAACCAAAAAAACCAUUUGGAGCACUUGUAGGAUAUUUUAAAGGAAGAAAAAAUUCAAAAGCACAUAUAUUUACAACUACAGAUGAAUUUUCACAACCAAUAAGUGAUGAUUAUAGUUAUUAUUAUAUUCCUAGUAGUGGUUUACAACAACAGGAGCAAAGGCUUAUAGAGGAGAAAGAAGAAAUAGGAUCAGAGGAUACUUCAGCUGACGUUUUAACAACCUCUAAUGGUAAUAGUAAUAAUUCAACAUCUUCACCAAUAACGACCAAAAUCCCAAGUACUAGCGGAGAAUUUUAUUUAGAUGACAACUCUCAACAACAAUUAUUAAAUAAAAAUGGUAGAUUUAAUAAGGGUGUAGUACAAACUUUACCAAUAGCAGAGGUAGGGCAGUUCCCAGUUAAUUUAAUGCUAGGGCAGGCUAGAGCUGAACACCCAAUCAACUGUAUUGAUGAUUUAGAGUCUGAUAUCCAAACUAGCUCAAUACCAAAUAGCAAACAAUUGAUUAGUUCUUUAACAUGUUCAACAAAUUCUUCAAACUCAAGUGCUUCUAUGUCGACUCCUGGAAUGAUUUUUAAUUCAUCUCUAUUAAAUUCACCUAAUGUAAAUACAAGCAACAACAGUAUAAGUCUAAACAAUUCAAAUAAUAAUAAUACAUCAAAUAAUAAUUUAAUAAAUUCAAGUCCAUCAGACAGUAAUAAUAGUAGUUUAAAUAAUUCACCAAGAUAUUUAAGUUCAAAUAAUAGUCCAAG